AUGGCGAAUAAAAUGCUCGAACAUAACAUUCAAGUGACCGCUGUGGGCCGCCGCCAGGAACGCUUGGACGCAUGGUUGCAAGAACAUGGUACCGAAAAAGCCCAUGCUAAGGUCUUCGACAUCAGUAAUCUUGACGCCAUUCCGCAGUUUGUGGCGGAGGUAACCGCCCAGUCCCCCGAUAUCGACUGCGUCUUCAUAAAUGCUGGCUUCCAGCUUCCGAGCGAUUUUUCGUCCCCGCAGACCGUUGACUUGGCUGCGUAUCAUCAAAUCAUGCAUGUCAACUAUACCGCUGCGGUGACUCUGGCCACAGCCUUUCUCCCUUUUCUAUCAGGGAAGACAACUGCGACAAGUCUGAUCUUCACCGUAUCUAAUCUCGCGGUUGUGCCUGCGGUCUCCAUGCCCGGUUAUUGCGCAUCCAAGGCGGCUUUGAAUACAUUCGCCAUGUGUCUCCGAGUUCAAUUGAGAGAGGCCAAGUCAAAUGUCAAUGUGAUUGAACUCUUUCCUCCGGCUGUUCAAACGGAGCUACAUGACUACAUGGGAGCCGAAAAGGGCCGCAAACUUGGAAUGCCCUUGAAGGAAUUCACGGAGAAAGCCUGGGACGGACUAGCCAAUGGGGCUGAUGAGGUCUAUGUUGGGUGUAUUCCGCCGGAAGAUCGCUUUCUCACCAUUGCUCGGCAACGCCGUUCUGCCUGUGAAGACUUGGCUCAUUCUAUGCGAAAGAUGAUGCACUAG